GGCUCCGGCAGUCCCGGGGACCCCGGUCCCCGACAGGUCCUGCGACCCCAGGCCCGGCAGCUCCGGGGACCCCGGCCCCUGACGGCUCCGGGGACCCCCUGGCCCGGGGACCCCGGCGACCCCGGCCCCCGACAGGUCCUGCCACCCCAGCCCCGGCAGCUCCGGGGACCCCGGCGACCCCGGCCCGAAGUCCGGGGGCGAUGGACAGCGGAGGGUCCCUCAACGGGUCCGGCGGGGCUGCGGCGGGGGAGCCCGCGGCCCGGGCCUUCUCCACCGCCUGGACGGCGCUGCUGGGCGGCCUCAUGGCCCUCCUCAUCGCCGCCACCGUGGUGGGCAACGCGCUGGUCAUGCUGGCCUUCGUGGUGGACUCCAGCCUCCGCACGCAGAACAACUUCUUCCUCCUCAACCUGGCCAUCUCCGACUUCCUAGUAGGUGCCUUUUGCAUCCCCUUAUACGUGCCCUAUGUGUUGACGGGGAAGUGGACCUUUGGGAGGAGUUUCUGCAAGCUGUGGCUGGUGGUUGAUUACCUGCUCUGCACCUCGUCAGUCUUUAAUAUAGUCCUGAUUAGCUACGACAGAUUCCUCUCCGUCACCAGAGCAGUCACGUACAGAGCUCAGCAAGGUGACACCAAGCGAGCGGUGCGAAAGAUGGUGCUGGUGUGGGUGCUGGCCUUCCUCCUGUAUGGCCCUGCCAUCAUCAGCUGGGAACACAUCUCCGGCCGGAGCAUCAUCCCCGAAGGCGAGUGCUAUGCCGAGUUCUUUUACAACUGGUAUUUCCUCAUUUCAGCCUCCACCCUGGAGUUUUUUACUCCCUUCCUGAGCGUGACUUUCUUCAACCUGAGCAUCUAUCUUAACAUCCAGAAGCGCACCAAAGUCAGGAUGGAUGUCAUCCAGGAAGCCCCGGGCCAGACCUUCACAGAGGGGGCAGACACCAGCCCCGGCUCUAAAUUCUCCUUAAAGUGCUGGCAGUGGAUGCCAGAGACGCCCCGGGAGACCCUGACGUUGAGUAAGUAUGGCCCCUACUCUGAAAGCGAGCCCGCCAGCAGUGGAGACUCUCAGAUUCCCAGCUCCAGCUCUUCCGGGCCCUGCUCGGAGAAGCCUCGAUCCCUUAAAAGGAGCUACAAGCAUUCCAUGUCCUCGGCGUCUCUGGAGAAACGGAUGAAGAUGGUGUCCCAGAGCAUCACUCAGCGUUUCCGGCUGUCCCGGGAUAAGAAGGUGGCCAAAUCAUUAGCUGUCAUUGUGAGCAUCUUUGGCCUGUGCUGGGCACCAUACACCCUCUUGAUGAUCAUCCGGGCGGCCUGCCACGGUCACUGCAUCCCCGACUACUGGUACGAAACAUCGUUCUGGCUGCUGUGGAUCAACUCUGCAGUCAACCCUAUCCUCUACCCUCUGUGCCACUACAGUUUCAGAAGAGCCUUUAUUAAACUGCUCUGCCCCAAGAAACUGAAGAUUCAACCACACAAUUCCCUCGAUCAUUGCUGGAAAUGAGCCUCCACAAGGUUGUCUUUAUAGGUGGAGCGCAGGCUUCCUCAGCCUUCAUUUCUCACCAGUCGGCUCAUGUUCCCACCGCAGGGAGUGGAUGAAGAUUGCAAAAGUUAGGAAACCUGUAGUGGUUUCUUUGAUCUUUCUCCAAGGAGUUGUCACCUAUUUUUGGGGGGUGGGGGGAGGCGGGGUGAAAUGUGGGGGCUUGUGCCCUUGAAAACACAGGAGUUCUCUGGAGAGGGUGAAAAGUCAGCCAAAAAGACUACAAUUCAUCACCUUGGCCUGCAGUCAGGCGAGCACCCAAACAACCCAUUCAGGUUAUGUGUUUGGUCACCUGGUACAGUGGGACCUUGGGCCAGCAGCAAAAUAGUUCAUCAACAAGAAAUGAUUGAGUCCUCAAGUAUAGUAUGACAGUGAAUGUACUGGUGUGUGUGGGGCCAGGGGGGAUGUUCCUUUGAGAAGGUAUAGAUUGAAUUUGAAUUGGUAUUUUUCUGCUCCUUAUGAUCUCUGGAAGAAUCUGCUGGACAGGAACCCACACACAGCUAUUUCUGAAUUAGGAGACAAGAAGAUACGGUUAGUUGGUCUAAUCAGGGCAUAUUUAAAGUGGCAGGUAUGUGCAUCACGUUCCUUAACUUUAUAAAGCUUUGUUGUUUAGCCAGUAUUUUUUGGCGGCGGGAAGGGAGAGUGUGUGUGUGUAUGUGUGUUUGUGUGUGUGUGUUAUGUUUGUGAUCUGUUAUCUAUCUGGGGCCCAAUACCAUUCACUGUCCCAAAUUUUACCCCUUUCUUCGGCUAGACCUUCAAUAUUCGCUGCAGUGUGCUUACUGCUCCUGAAAAAGUUACCUCCGUGUCUGUAGUGUUUACUUGCUCAGCAUGGCAUCACGGCUCUCUGAGAAAGUGUUUUUUGGUCUUUCACUGUUUUCAUUCUAGGUAGUUAAAGAAAAAUGUGGAAUGUUCUCUUUGCUGUUAAAGUCAGAAAAGAAAAUCAAGUUACCUCAGCACUAGUGAAAAAUGCUGGAUUGUUGGGCCUGCACUCUCACUUUCUUUUUUCCUUCCUGUAGAGGUAGCAUGAGUUGCUGCUACUCAGGCCUACCAAAAGGCAGCACCACCAUUCAUUCAUUCAUUCAUUCAUUCAUAUUGAUUGAAUGCUUACUGUGUGCAGAGCACUGUACUAAGC